AUGCCUCCUUCAGGUGCUGGUGCACAGGACAGCAAAGCCUUGGUGAGACAGCUGUUGAGAGAUGUGCUGGAGGGUCGAGAGGAUCCAGAGGGGUUCUUUGCGAUGUGUGUGUCCGUCCUGGGACAGCAGGAGACCCGCACACAGUUCCAGUCCCUCAUCCAGCCCCUGUCCACGGCCAACACAUCCCUGCACUGCAGCCUCACCUCCAUCUACCUGCAAUACUUCUCUAAGACAGGAGAUGAUGACCUGGAAUUUGCACUGGCGCUGUCAGUACUGGAAAUGAAAGAUCCCCAGCUGUCAACCUGCAGUGAAGAAUCCACACUUCAGCAGCUUGGAGCCGAAGCAUAUCAGAGCAGCUCUGUUCAACUGACCUCAGCUCCUCAGCCUCAGGGAAGCAGCAGCCGCACCCAGCGAGCAGAUGCAGUUUUAAAAGGUGACCAAAUGACAGAAGAAGGAGAUUCAAGCAAUCAAUCGGAGAAACCAAAACGCUCUAGGAACCGGAGAAAGCGGCGGGAAGGGGGUGGUCAGCAGGUUGUAGGUAUGCCCACCUCUCCAUCAGCAUCACCACCAGUACUGCUGUGGUUUAGGAGGGAUUUGCGACUGUGUGACAAUCCCGCUCUGAUUGGCUCAUUGUAGAAUGAGGCACCUGUCAUCCCUGUUUUCAUCUGGAGCCCUGAAGAAGAGGAGGGACCAGGAAUUACUGUGGCUAUGGGGGGAGCUUGCAAAUACUGGCUGCAUCAAGCUUUGUCCUGUUUCUCUUCAUCUCUAGAGCGCAUUGGCAGCCAUCUUGUCUUCCUCAAGGCAAAUGGAGUGGGCAAUGGGGUGGGCUCUUCUCUGCGUACCCUUAUGCAGCUGAUAAAGGAGACUGGGGCGAGAGCAGUGCUGGCUAAUGCCCUGUAUGAGCCCUGGCUGAAGGAGAGGGACGACGUGGUGGUGUCAGCUCUGCAGAAAGGCGGUGUUCAAUGCAGGAUGUUCCCCUCUUACUGCCGCCGGGACCCUUACUCUGUGAGCACGGAGGGUGUGGGACUCAGAGGAAUAGGUUCAGUGUCUCACUUCAUGAACUGCUGUAAACAGAACCCGGACUCGGCCCUUGGGGUUCCCCUGGACCCUCCUGCGUCUCUCCCCACACCUGCCAACUGGCCUCGGGGGGUUCCUUUGGAUGCUCUGGAGUUGGCACUCAUGCCUCGCAGGAAGGACGGCACAACGAUUGACUGGGCAGUUAACAUUCGUAAGUCCUGGGAUUUCAGUGAAGAAGGAGCACAUGCCCGGCUAGAGGCCUUUCUUCAAGAUGGUGUGUAUAGGUAUGAAAAAGAGUCAGGCAGGGCAGAUGCUCCGAACACCAGCACUCUGUCUCCCUACCUUCACUUCGGUCAGCUCAGCCCACGCUGGCUGCUGUGGGAUGCCAAAGGGGCUCGCUGUCGACCCCCAAAGUUCCAACGGAAGCUGGCCUGGAGAGAUUUGGCCUAUUGGCAGUUAACACUGUUUCCUGACCUCCCCUGGGAAUCCCUCAGACCUCCAUACAAGGCACUGCGGUGGAGCACUGAUCGUAGCCACCUGAAGGCCUGGCAACAUGGUCGAACUGGCUACCCUCUGGUGGAUGCAGCCAUGAGGCAAUUAUGGCUGACAGGCUGGAUGAACAACUACAUGAGACAUGUGGUGGCAUCAUUCCUCAUAGCUUAUCUCCACCUUUCAUGGCAAGAAGGCUACCGCUGGUUCCAGGACACCCUAUUGGAUGCAGAUGUUGCCAUAGAUGCCAUGAUGUGGCAGAAUGGGGGCAUGUGUGGUCUGGACCACUGGAACUUUGUAAUGCACCCAGUAGAUGCAGCAAUGACAUGUGACCCCAAUGGCAGCUACAUAAGGAGAUGGUGUCCUGAACUUGCGGAUCUGCCCGAUGAGCUCAUUCACAAACCCUGGAAAUGUCCUGCGUCAAUGCUUCGACGUACAGGUGUGAUAUUUGGCCAAACAUAUCCUGAUCGAAUAGUUACAGACCUAGAGGAGCGAAGGAGUCAGUCUCUGCAAGAUGUUGCUGUGGUGCGGAGAGAGUUUGUGCAGUACGUGGACAAGCGCUCAGGCUGUGACUUGGUGCCUAUGCCCCCCCGCCUCGUCUCGGAGGCCUUGGGCUUAUCACACAGUAAUGGUGGUCAGGUGACAGAAGGGAAGCAGUUCCUGUUGCCCGUUAUAACUCGCAUGGAGUUUAAACACCAGCAAGAAGAUCCGGACGCAGACGCCGCCUCAAAUCCCUACAAUGCUGUUCUCAAGGGGUAUGUAAGCCGCAAAAGGGAUGAGACCAUUGCAUUCCUCAAUGAGAGAGACUUCACUGCCAGUGUGCUGAACGAAGGGGUGCAGAGAAAGGAGAGGCUGGAGAGCAACCAUCGCAGAAUGGAGGGACUCCCUCAGCCUCCUGCACCUCAGGGCAGAGCCAGACGGACUCCAACAGCCAAGGACCGGUUUUCCUUAGUGCCUGGUGGGGCUGCCACUUCACGUAGGUGACCCAGAGACCAAGC